AUGGCGAUACUCGCGAAACAGCCCCUCAAAGAUCACCCUUGUGAAGCUGGAGUCCCCUUGUCGAGAACUUCUGACACCCUUGCCGAACGGCAAGGGUUGUGCAAUAAAAAUAGAGGCACAAGGAUCUUGCCGAACCUCCAACACGGAGGCCUUGCCGAAACGCCCAGACCCUUGCCGAAUGUGUAG